UUCAUAAAAGAUACUCCCAUCAAAACCAUAACCAUAACCGCCCCUUGGUUUAAACUUCCCCUUCACCAAGAAACCAUUUCCUAUAUAAACCCUUCUCACAAUCAUUUCCCUCACAUUCCAAAUAAAUCACACACAAAAUUUCAACCCGAAUUCAACACAAAAAUAACCAUAUUUUCUCUUUCUUACAAAAAGAUCCAUAUUUUCUCUCUCUUGCAAAAAACCAAAAAAUGGACAUAACAAUGGGUUCCAUGGACACAUGCAAACCCAUGAGCAACAACAUAUGUUGCCCAGCGAAAAACGGUGACGUCACUCAUCUCCAACAAUCGGCUCCCCACGCCGCGCCAUUAGCUCCACCCGACUCAACACUUGGACGCCACUUAGCGCGCCGCCUUGUCCAAAUCGGCGUGAAUGAUGUCUUCUCGGUCCCUGGAGACUUCAAUUUAACACUCCUUGAUCAUCUUCUAGCUGAGCCGGGUUUAAACUUAGUCGGCUGCUGUAAUGAACUUAACGCCGGAUAUGCAGCCGACGGCUACGCUCGCUCACGUGGAGUCGGCGCGUGUGUUGUUACUUUCACUGUUGGUGGGUUAAGUGUAUUGAAUGCUAUUGCUGGUGCUUAUAGUGAGAAUCUUCCAGUAAUUUGUAUUGUUGGUGGGCCUAACUCGAAUGAUUAUGGUACUAACCGGAUUUUGCAUCAUACCAUCGGGUUACCCGAUUUCAGUCAAGAAUUAAGAUGCUUUCAAACUGUUACUUGUUUUCAGGCUGUGGUGAAUAAUCUUGAUGAUGCUCAUGAGUUGAUUGAUACGGCAAUUUCGACGGCGUUGAAGGAGAGUAAGCCGGUUUAUAUUUCUGUCGGUUGUAAUUUACCUGCGAUCCCACAUCCGACGUUUAGUCGCGAACCGGUGCCGUUUUCGCUUUCCCCCAAGUUGAGUAAUCAGAUGGGCCUUCAUGCUGCAGUGGAAGCUGCAGCGGAAUUCCUCAAUAAGGCUGUGAAGCCAGUCAUGGUUGGUGGGCCGAAACUGCGUGUUGCAAAAGCUUCUGAUGCUUUUGUGGAACUGGCUGAUGCCUCGGGUUAUGCUUUGGCAGUGAUGCCCUCAGCAAAAGGCCUAGUCCCCGAGCACCAUCCACAUUUUAUUGGGACUUACUGGGGAGCAGUGAGCACUGCUUUUUGUGCUGAAAUUGUAGAGUCAGCUGAUGCAUACCUGUUCGCCGGCCCAAUUUUCAACGACUACAGCUCAGUUGGCUAUUCACUGCUUCUCAAGAGAGAGAAAGCAAUCAUUGUGCAGCCUGAUAGGGUGGUGAUCGGAAAUGGGCCUGCAUUCGGCUGUGUCCUGAUGAACGACUUCUUAAGGGAGUUGGCUAAAAAGAUCAACAAAAAUGGCACUGCAUUCGAGAAUUACAGCAGGAUAUUUGUACCCGAAGGAAAGCCUCUCAAAUGCGAGCCUAAUGAGCCCCUUAGGGUGAAUAUAUUGUUCCAACAUAUUCAAAAUAUGUUGACAAGUGAUAACGCUGUGAUAGCUGAGACGGGUGACUCAUGGUUCAAUUGCCAAAAGUUGAAACUGCCUGAGGGUUGUGGGUAUGAGUUUCAGAUGCAAUACGGAUCCAUUGGUUGGUCUGUUGGUGCGACCCUUGGCUACGCCCAAGCUGUUCCAGAGAAGCGUGUUCUCGCGUUCAUUGGUGAUGGAAGUUUUCAGGUGACGGCACAAGAUGUAUCUACUAUGCUGCGAUCUGGACAGAAAACUAUUAUCUUCCUAAUCAACAAUGGUGGAUACACCAUCGAGGUUGAGAUCCACGACGGUCCCUACAAUGUCAUCAAGAAUUGGAACUAUACUGCACUUGUUGACGCUAUGCACAAUGGUGAAGGAAAGUGCUGGACUACUAAGGUUACAACCGAAGAGCAGCUCGUGGAAGCGAUUGAUACCGCAACAGGACCGAAAAAGGAUUGUUUCUGUUUCAUUGAAGUGAUAGUGCACAAAGACGAUACAAGCAAAGAGCUGCUCGAAUGGGGCUCUCGAGUUUCUGCUGCCAACAGUCGUCCCCCAAACCCUCAGUAGACCACAAACCCACUGUAGACAACUCGAGAAAAACAUACUAAUUGUCCCAGUUUUUGUUUCUGUUGUUUUCUGGUUGCAUAAAAUGUUCUUCAAUUGAGUUUAUGUUCAAUAAUCCUUAAGCUUAGCUGUGGUUUAGAAGAAGUAUCAUGUCUUAAUCUUCGGAUGCAGAUCGCUUGUACAUACUUUUUUUCUUUUUUUUUUUUUUUAAUGAGUAGGUGUUGAUUCCGCUCUAAAACAUUUGAUUCCGUGUGUUCUGCUUCAAUUUAUGUGUAAUAGCCUAAUAGGAAUACUUCUCAAAACACACGUAUGUUUAUGAAUUAUAUUUUCUCUUCAUCA